CGGCGAUGCUGGCGCUGGGGGCGCUGCAGCGGCCGGGCGCCGUGAUGGAGCUGUGCAGGCUGACCUCCGACCGCCUGGCCCCGGCGCUGGCCGCCCUGCCACCGGACACCAUCGCCCGCCUGCUGCGAGCGCUGGGCAGUGCACGACAGCGCACGUCCCCAUCACCCUCCUCCAGCUCCUCAUCUGCACCCUCCGCCCCAGCCAGCAGCAGCAGCAGCCGGCGUCGGCAACGUCAAGCGAAGCAGGAGCAGCAGGAGGAGGAAUUCGGAACAGCAGACGCGGCGGCGGAGCAGGCGGCACGGGUGCAGACGGCGGCGGAUGAGGCGUUGGGUCCGGGCCGGCGGGCGUUCCUGGACGCGGCAUGGGCCUCUCUGACGGAGGCGGAGAGCGUCAGCGGGCGGUUGGAGCAGCUGACGCCGGGGCAGUUGGUGGAUCUGGCAUGGGGGCUGUCGGCGUGCGGGUACGACAAUGAGGCGGCGUACGACAUGCUUGCCGCCCGUCUGCGCAGUCGCGUCAAGGUGCUACCCGCCUGGUCGCUAGCCCGGCUGGCAAUGGCGCUGCACAAGCGACCUACACCACCAUCACCAUCACCGCCGCCGCCGGCCGCCGCUGAUGCCGAUGCUGCUAGCGCCGCAUCCGCAACUGCCGCCUCCGCCGCCUCGGGUAAAAGCGGUGAUGGCAAAACCCGCACCCCCGCAUCCACUAGCGCCGCCUUGGACUCGAUCAUUGACGACGACCUGCUUGAAGGCGUUCUCACUGGCAACGUCAGCAACACCAGCAGCAGCAGCAGCAGCCCGCUGUGUCGCUACCCCGAGCUAGCAGAGCGCAUUGCCAAGUAUGCCACACGCGAGCUGGCGCGGCUGGGCAACCCGCUGGAGCCGGAGGGGGUGGCGGCGCUAGCAGAGGUAAUGGCGGCGGCGGCGCCGCAGUACGGCGGUUUCUUCCUGGCAGCGGCGCAUAGGGCCCGCGGUUGGCUGGAGGAGGCUGAGGCCAAGAGCGCUGGCGGUGGCUGGCAAGGUCGUGAG